AAUUUUUAAAAUGCCGAGUUGCGAAAAUUGUGGAGAAGAGCAAUUUGACGAGCACGAUGGUCUAUACUUUUGCUCUAAUUGUAAUACUCAGUCACAGGAUGUACGUGAAGAGUUACAAGAUGAAGAUGUUGUUAUGAGUACAUACAAUAAAAGUUUGGCCAUCGCCAGUGCCAGGGAACGCAAGAAGGCUGAUUUAGUUGAUUUGGGAAGACCAUGGAGUACACAUGAAGGCUUCUUGAUCAUCCUCAGAGAGCAGGUGAAAGGCCUUAUAAGCAAAGGACUCCCCUCAGAACUAAAAGAGAUUGUCUUCCACCUGUGGAAACUGUAUCUGUCAAAGCUUGGUGUGGCGUUCUGUUCAGAGGAUACAGAGAACAUUACAAUGAAGUUCUAUCCCAGACAUAGGGAUCUUGAGAUGGGAAGUAUUGAGAAUCCAAUAGUACCUGCUACAAGGUGGAAUGAGACAUACAAGAAAAACAGAAAGCCUGUUGACAGGACAUCAGAGAUGGACCAACAUAAAGACAAAACUAAUAAUGAAACCCAAGUAGACUCUGACAAUGAUUCAUCCUCAUCUGAAGAGGGAUUUGUCGAGGAGGAUCGAGGAUACAAAACGGCCUAUAAGUCCGCAGAACGGGUCACAAUGAAUACAACAUUAGCCCUUUGUUUCCUUGGGACACAAUACGCCUCAUGUCUUGUGACACCAUCUGAUAUCAUUCGAUGGUGUCACGACGGCAGUUUACUCUACCUAAAUGCUGCACAAUGUUUCCCUGAAGAUAUGAAGCUACAGAACUAUGAUGUCAGAACUUUCUCAAAAAAUGUGAUUCCUAGUGGUGAGACCCUGUGUAGAGUGGUAGGAAGGUUGGCUGUGUAUCUUGGCCUGGAUAACUUCCCACCCUUUGACUUCCACAGCCUCGUCUCUAGCUAUAUCAUACACCUUGGUCUACCAGGAGAACUCCAUAGUUUGGUGUGGAACAUGAUUAGGUCGCAUCCACCUCGCACACAAUAUCGUCCAACUAAAGAGCAGCACUGUUUUCCCAGUUAUGACAUCCUCGCAAUGGCAUAUAUUGUAGUACAGCUCAAGCUUCUCUUUGGUCUUAAUGAUGUCACAGAAAGUUUGCUGUCCGAGUUGGCAGAGAAGGUGAACCAACGACUAAAAGGUGAGCAACGACUAUUUGUUUGGAGAAAUUGGUUCUCUUACAUAAAACAAAAUAAAUGUCGGUUUUUCCAAAAAACAGACUGUAACAAAUCAAAUAAACCAAAUAUGGCACAGAUGUUAAAUAAAUUAGAAGCACAAGCAGACAUCAAGUAUAGCGUUGUUCGAGAGAAGAAGCAAACAGACAAAAGGAAAGAGAAUCGUGCAAUUUUGCAACAGCAGUUUUAUGUGUCCGAUGAUGCAGUCGAAAAUACAAGUGAAAAUGCAGCGCAAGAUUUCAGUGGACACACCCUCAAGUUUAUAACAGAAAAAUCUGAUUUUGUGAAUGAUUUGGAUGGAAAUGGUCUUUCAAACUACACUCUUUUCACUGAUAGUUCUUCAGUAAGUGACAGUGAUUCUGACGACUCUGAUGAUGAUGUAGUGACGUGUCUUAGCACUCCUCUCAAGAGAAGGUGCAUCAUCUCCUCUACUAUAUCAAACAGAGAAUCAAAUGAAGCAGAAAAACAGCAUCCUACUACUAAACAAUUGAGAAAAGACAUCAAUUCUAUCUUAGAAAAAUUAGAUGAUGCAACUGAAAAUUAUAUUGUAUAUGAGGAUGAUAUGGAGUUUCAUAAUAGUUACGAGUCACUAUUGGAAAUCUUCUGUUGCUACCUGGGACUCAAGGACAUAUCUCGAUUACAUAGCAAGGUCAAGGAGGUCGAAAAUAUUUACUUAACAAGAAAAGAAGAACUUCUUAAAAUGAAAUUAAGAAAUUCCACAUUGUUGAAAUAUAGAGAUUUCUGUCUGACUUGACAAGCAAUCAGCGUAAGUUCAGUUUGUAAAUGGAAGUUGUCUGCUAAUUGCUUUAAAAAGACUUAACAUGUCUUAAUAAUUCAUCACAGACAGAACAAAUGAUGCUCGGAGUUUUCAGGAAAGAUGUCAUGUUUAUUUUGUCUUUCACGUACUAGCUAAAGCCUGACACAAUUAAGAAACAUCGAUCUUUGCAACAUGAUAACCACGCCCCCUUUCUCUUGAUCUUUCCAAAUGGCAGAUAUUAGGCGGGGUCUGGUAAACUAGAAUUUGAUCUUUAAGUGAAGAGUUUGAGUCAAGCAAGUGAUGUUAUUUCAGCGUCAAUGAAAGCAUGAG